AUGUCGUCAAAUAAUAAUUAUGAACCAAGAGCAUUCGAAGCGUCGUUUACUCAAAUAAUUAAUUUGAAUAACAAUAGCGGCAGGAAAACUAGGGGAAAAUAUACGAAAUUGGCGUGUUCUUAUUGUAAAGAUACAAACGAUAGUGUCAAUCAACUUUCUAAUAAAGUAAACAAAAUUGAAGAAAUUAUUACCAAUUUUAAAAAUCGUCCGAGGAAUAAACCCGAAUUGUCCUUAUUCAAUGCAAAAUUUACAUUGAAUAAUGUACCUUGCGAAUUGGAAUAUGAUUUAUCGAAUUUCACGCUAGAAAAUUUACAGAAAUUAGCAAGUUUUACGACUCAAAGUUUUAACAACAAUAUUGUUAAUAAUGAUAAUGAAUAUGGAAAUUCUUCCGAUAAAAUUAAGAAAAAUGAAGAUUAA